GCGGUCCUUAAUGAUUUUCUACCUUUCUUUUCCCUCUCUCGCUCUUUUUACUGGAUCUGGCAGAUAAUUUUUCUUUUCCUACGUUCAUUCGUUGAUCUCGUUGCUUUCUUGUAUCUUAUUGUCAUUUAUCUUUAUUUUCCCGGGUUUCCGAGAGACGUCGUUGGAUCCGAACGGAGCAACCCGAAGUUGUUGAUCAAGAAGAGCCCGUAGAGAGCUAGACAGACAGACAGACAGACAGACGGAGAGAGAGAGAGAGACAGAAACUCACGGCGGAGACUUGCACGACAACCCUUCUCGCGUGUCUGUUGGACAGACCCCCGAUCCGCUCUUUUUUUAACUUCCCCUUCACUUACCAAGGUCUUUCUUUUGAUGCGCCCAUCCGCCAACGAGCCGGCAAUGUGUUAACAGAAUGCGAGGGUUUGCAGUUCUAGAGGGGGUCUAACAUCUACAUCUGGCAGUACAUACAUUCUACAUACAUAUACGUGUACGAUAAACUUCGAAUCUAGACUCGUCGCACCCUUGGUUCCCAAAUCGCGUUUUGUCUCCCCCCGUGAUCGCCCAAAUCGACAACGCUUGAAUGACGGUUCGCCCGUUCAGCCGCCCUUUCGAUAUCCUCCCUAACCUCCCGUUGUCACGGCCGACGCUUUCGGAAUAUAAACGAUGUCUACAAUUUCUAUGGAUGGAAGCGAAUGGUCUGGGAUCAAUCAGUAUCAGUCCAGCGGCAAGUCGGAACCGUCUCUUUCGCCUAACCUCACGAACCAUGGCAACCUGCCCACGCCUCCAGCGUCAGGUGGCUUUAUGUACAACGCCCUUGGAUCGAAUCCUCCUGAUACCAACGGUCUCGCGCCGCCCCUCCGCAGCAAUGGCGCGCCCCAGAACCCUUCCCCUCCGAGCUCGAUCGUGUCGGCGCCAAGAUCGAGAGCCAGCGACGGAACGCUGUCGGACCCAAAUAGUCGGAGACAUCGCCGGAUGGAGGAGAUCCUAUCGCAACAUUACGCUCUCUUGAAGAGAUUCCUACAGGGAUCCAAGGAAUACGACAUGAACGAGAUAAAAGCCGCCCGCGCACGUGAUAAAUUAAAACGCCUGUCGCCGAUCCAGUUUCUUGAUAUGAGUACGGAUGUUUACGACGAACUUCAACGCCGUCUGGCCGCUGCAGCUGCUAAUCGUCCUGGCGCACCGCGUGUAGACCUACCGCCGCAUCUACUCCCUCGCCCAGAAGUUCACGCGAAGCGGAACCAGGCUCGUGAGAGGCUCGCCUUGCUGCACACACAAAGGUUCAGGGAACUUGCCAUGGAUGUGCUUUGUGAUUAUGAACGGAGGUACCCGCACCUUGUAGGCCACGAUAUGAGUCGUCACGGGAGUCCCGCGCCUAGCCUUCGGGGUCGUUACGGCCCUGGCCCCGAGCCUAACGGACCGGGUAGGCCGCGGUCUGCACCACGAGGACCGCCGCCCGGUCCCGGAGGUAGAGGGUAUCCGCCUGGUCCACCGGGCGGUCGAUUUCCUCCCAGACAGGGAUCACUGAGUGCGGGAGCAGGAUUGGGGAUCAAUGGAGAGACGAUACCGGAAAACGCGCCCUACCAAAAAUCUUUCCAGAGCAAUACGAUCGUGCCGAACAAGAGUACGCUUGUUGAGGACGACGAGAGCGCUGCCUUCGAUGACGAUGACGAUAACAGACGGAGUGAUGCUUUUGCGUUGGAUAGAGUCCUGGAUAGCAGAAGAGGAACCGCUGCAACCCUCGGGCUUUCCGAACUUGAUACCAAAAGGCUCCAGGAUGCUGAAGCGCAAGUGUCGGCGUUACAAUCCAAAGUGGAAGAGUUGGAAUCGUUAUUAAAAGGAAAAGAGGAGGAAAUUGACGGUCUUCGCAAGAGUGAGGGAGACAGCUUAAAUGUGUUGGAGUCUGAGAAAAAGCAGUGGCAAGAUCUCGAAAAUGAGCUUACGAAUAAAUUGUCGGAUGCCCAGAAUUUGAACGAGUCUCUUCGGAAUGAACUUGAAAACGCGCGACGAGAGCAGGAAACGAUGGAAAGGGAAAUGCAGGAACAUCUUGAGCAGAUGCGCCUAGAGCAAGAACAGCAGCAGAAAACCCGACAAGAAGCAGAUGCUGCUGCUGCUGCUGCUGCUGCUGUGGCAGCCGCCACGGCCGCUGCAGUUGCAGAGUCAGACGGUGGUGAAUGGAAAGCGAAGUUUGAGCAGCUGGACAAAGAGCAUCAGGCCCUCAAAUCAGAAUUUCAGCAGCAGCAGGAAAUCACAGACCAAGUGAGACAGCAGGCAUUAAGCUCAUUAGAAGAAAUGAGGGCUCUGGCAAGCGAUGCCAACUGGGAACGCGAGGAAAAUCUGACACGAGAGGUUCACCGAUUAGAGGACGAAGUGAAGCAGUGGAAGAACCGAUACGCGAAAAUGAAGACCAAACAGCGUCAUUUGCGGUCUUCCUCUCUUGGAUUACCCGGCCACAUUCAGGAUGCCACGGUUUUCACAAAAGGGCACGAACUAACGCAGCCUGACGGCCUGGUCAAAGAUGUGCAUAUUACGAAAUUCCAAAUGGCCAUUGACGAAUUAUUACGGAUUGCACGGUCAAAUGAACCGCCAUUGGUUCUGGAGCAGAUGAAAGCGGUCGUCGUCGCCGUGCGGCUUAUGAUCCGGGAUAUCGAAGUGGCAAAUGAGAAAGGAGAUGAUUACGGCCAACCCCGUAUCAGAGCCAAAAGUAGAGUGUCUGCUACGGCUAAUAAUCUAAUAACUGCAUCGAAGAACUUUGCCAAUUCCAACGGCAUAUCCCCCGUCUCUCUUCUUGAUGCGGCGGCCUCGCAUCUGACCGCCGCUGUGGUCGAUCUCAUUCGCAAUGUUAAGGUCCGACCAACUCCUGAGGAUGAGUUGGGAGAGGAGGAUGAAUUGGAUAACCUGGCCCCCAUGCAGUCGCCAGGCUACUUCAGCACGGCGCCCAGCCAGGCCAGAUUCAGCGGGAAUGAGUCCGUUUAUAGCGCGAUAAGUUCACCUUCAUUACGCUCACGAAGCCAAACAUAUUCCCGCAUCGCAAGCGCAAAACUCACGCGAGCAAGCGGCCAGAGCUUCGGUGGUUCUGGGACGAAAUCCGGCUUCGGAGUCCAGCGAGGCUCUGAUCGAGAGCUGGGAGAGCUUAGGGUAUACCUUGAGGACCAAACAGAGGGCCUUAUUCAAUCGAUCCAGGCCCUGGUGGCUAGUAUUCGCGCGGAAGACGAUAUUUCCGUUGUCAGAACCCACAUCACAUCCAUCUCCAACGUGGUCAAGAACGUCGUUUCUUGUACCGAGGACGCAAUUGCCCAGCCUAAUGCCAAUCGUUCUCUGCGGGAGCGUGCGGGGCCGGUGAUCGGGCUGCUCUCGAGUUGUUGCGACAAGCUGAUAGAGGCGGGUGACCAGGGUAGCAGCCCAGAGCAGAUCCGUGAGGUGACGGCCAAGUUGCCUCCGAUUGCAUUCCAGAUUGCACGCGAAACAAAGGAGCUCGUGCAGCGGGUGGACCAGUUGGAGAUGGAAAGUCAGGAUGACGAUGACUUUCGAUGA